AAUGGAUAAAGAAUUAAACAAGGCCAAAUCACACUCGCUAUACUUCCAAUUUUCUUUGCGCCCUUAUUUGUUACUUUUCUCAAACAUUAUCGGUUAAUACUAUCUUCCCCCGUCCAAUUUUCACCUUUUUUUUCAUUCUCUCUUUUGUUUUCGUCCUUUUCAUUAAACACGAAUAUGAACAUGGCACGAGCAUGAAUAGACACGACACGAUUCGAACCGUGCCCGGCCUGGGCCGGGCCUAGCAAAAUUAACAAAUGGGCUUGCAUGGCACGACAGUAAAACUGACGGGCCGUGCCAAGCACGACAUAAAAUAAAUGGGCCCGAAACGUGCCCAUGUCGUGCCGGCCCAAACACGCCCAGCGUAUUGACGACCUUGGUCAGAAACUCACAAGCAUGAUUGUUUUCGCUGGACGAGAUUAACGAUUCAAAUCCCUAACCUCAACAAAUUUUACAACUUGUCCUUCUCACCCAAAUUCUCACAGCCGCCCGCUACCCACCCUCGGCCUCUCUUCAGAGUUCAGAGCAAACAAUUUUCGCCCUUUUCUUUUUGCUUCAUUCGAGCGUCCCUUCUCCUCCACUGAAAAACCUUACUACCCGUUGCACACAAGCUCCCCCGCCGCCGUCACCCAACCCCUACGAGAAACCUUUGCCACCGGACGAAACUCGCCGCCGCACGCUUCUAUCCACUUCUCCACUGCCGUGCUCUCCGCUUCCCAUUUGCCGCUGCCUGCCCUGUAAGUCACGCAAAUUCGCUGAAUUGACAAUUGAUUAUUGAUGCAGGAUGAGCAAUGAUUGUGCUUUGUCGACAAAUAGAAAAAGUGCAGACUCCUUACAUCACCAGAACACUUCUUUUGUAUAGUUCUCUACAUACUAAUUUCCUUUGUACUUCGUAGCAGUUCUUGGUGUCUAAAUUGUUACACAAGCAUAAGCAAGUUCCUUGCUUGAACUGAAUUAUUUUCCAUUUCGAUUCUGUUCCACUCCCUGAUGAUUGGUAGAGCUUAUUAGAUUGGCUUCCAUGAAAGAAAUUGCUUAUACUCACUAGAACUCAUUUACUCCACUGCCAGCCAUAGCAACUGCGCCAGAAAGGGGGAGUGUUGGUUUGGGUCGCGUCGAAUUGGGUGACUAUAAACAGUGACACGUCCAGGAAGAAAUUGCCACAGUCAUUAUAAUGUCUCUUCUGGCUCCUCCUUCGUCCACCUCUUAUUCCUGUUCUAUUUUUCCCGUAUGUCCUGGUCUGCAUUCUGCUUCCCGCGCUACGCUGCCACUUUUCCCCACGAGAAUUAUCCGUUGCAGCUUAUUGCAAGAUCAAGUGUCCGUUAAUGGCGGAGCUGGGUCUAGAGUCUCUGAUCGGAAUGAGCUUCGACUUGGCUUGCCUAGCAAAGGACGGAUGGCCGAGGACACUCUUGAUCUCCUUAAGGACUGUCAACUAUCUGUCAGAAAGGUUAAUCCUCGACAAUAUGUUGCAGACAUUCCUCAGCUGUCCAACUUGGAAGUCUGGUUCCAGCGACCCAAAGACAUUGUGAGAAAGUUGUUAUCCGGAGAUUUGGACCUUGGAAUUGUGGGCCUUGAUAUAGUUAGUGAAUAUGGCCAGGGAAGUGAAGAUCUUAUCCUUGUUCACGAUUCUCUUAAUUUUGGGGAUUGCCAUUUAUCGAUAGCUAUACCAAAAUAUGGCAUCUUUGAAAACAUAAAUUCCAUGGAUGAGCUGGCUCGAAUGCCUCAGUGGACAGCUGAGAAACCUCUACGAGUUGCAACUGGAUUUACUUAUCUAGGACCUAAGUUUAUGAGGGAAAAGGGACUGAAGCAUGUGGUUUUUUCAACCGCUGAUGGAGCCUUAGAAGCAGCACCAGCGAUGGGUAUAGCUGAUGCAAUUUUAGACCUUGUCAGUAGUGGGACAACCCUCAGGGAAAAUAACCUGAAAGAAAUCAAAGGUGGAGUUGUAUUGGAGAGUCAGGCUGUUCUUGUUGCAAGCAAGAAAUCAUUAGUGCACCGGAAAGGCUUGUUGGACACAACACAUGAGAUCAUUGAAAGAUUGGAGGCACAUUUGAGGGCUGUUGGUCAAUUCACGGUGGUUGCAAACAUGAGAGGAAAUAGUCCCGAUGAAGUGGCUGAGCGAGUACUGAGUCAGCCAUCUUUGGCUGGGCUGCAGGGGCCUACUGUAAGUCCAGUUUUCUGCAAACGUGAUGGAGAAGUUGUGGUUGACUAUUAUGCCAUAGUCAUUUGUGUACCAAAGAAGGAAUUGUACAAGUCUGUGCAGCAACUUAGAGUGAUUGGAGGCAGUGGUGUUCUGGUUUCUCCUCUGACUUACAUAUUUGACGAGGAGACCCCUAGAUGGCAGGAACUUCUCGGCAAACUUGGCCUAUAAUAAUCGAUGUUCUCUUUGCUCAGUGUCUCAUCCUUUUCCAGUACAUUUCUGUUCCUUCAGUAACCUGCAGGCUUCCAGACUCCAGGUACACGCACCUUGAUUAAGGCCGGUCUACAAUUAGAGAUGAUUGAGAAGCAUGAAAGAAAAGGAAGUACCCUGCCCUGCAUCGUUGAGCUCCAGCAAGCAAGUGCAUAAACAACUUCGGGAAGUAAUUUUUCCGUGUAGUAUUUUUGUGUUGUGAUUUAGUUAUUUAAUGUAGGCAAUGGUCUCAAUUCUGGAUUUUGACCUUGUUUCUGCAUUUCUGGGUUUGUAAUGCUCCCACAUAUUGCCAGUGGUUUCUCUUCUCCAUUUAAUUCUUGGGAAAGAGUCAAAGUGCUGAACUUUGUCGUGUCGAAUCUGUUGAAUUAUCUUGAACUUCAUAGUCAUUCGGUAACUUCAUCGUUAUGUUUUGGUUGGGAAAGAGUCAAAGUGCUGAACUUUGUCGUGUCAAAUCUGUUGAAUUAUCUUGAACUUCAUAGUCAGUCGGUAACUUCAUCGUUAUGUUUUUGGUUAUGACGAGGGAUCUUCCGCCAUAACUAAGAGAAAUCAAGAUCACCAUGAUGGCAGGUGAUCUCCUUCCGUUCUCCAAACGGAUGUUAUCUAGAAAUACCAUUCUCCAUUCUCCACAGGUCAGUGCUGUGAUGGAUAAUGUUCGCAAUAACUAAAACUAUGCAUCCUCUAUUGCCGAGGCAGGUAAACAUGACAGGCUCUCUCAAUAUACAGAAACCUCAUGAACAGCCAUUUGAGUUCUUCAUCGCGACUUAAUUCGCUGCUCCCACCAACGGUUGAAACUUGAAAAUGAGGUCUUGAGAACAGUCCUGCUGCUGCUACUUGGUCUCCAGUAGACCCAUGUUUACUUAAACCGCCCAGGAUAAUUCAUUUGACUCGAGCACAGUUUCUCUUGGAAUCACUACCACAACUCACGCACGCUCCACGCUUCACAUUGGGACGCCUAUCGUCAUGGAGAACAGGAUAAACAAUUACUCAGUCUCUUGGAGCAGCUCCUUGUCCCAGAUGCUGCAUUACAACGACAUUACACUCUCCUUCUCAGAUAUCACCACAUAUGUGCACGACGACACAUCUCAAUUCCUCGACUUCACUGCACACAUGAUGCAAUCAUGCAUGGCCGAGGGAGGUGAUAUCUGAGAAGGAGUGGGGUCUUGGGGUUCUCCCUGGAAAAAAUAAAUAUGGUUAUAUGGUGGCUACUUUGGGUUUUUACUUUUUUGGGUGCAUUCAACUCUAAAAGUGUCCAUAGUAUAUUAAAUUUUGAACGGUAAUUGGUAGCAUUGAUCUAAUAUGAUGAUGAAACAUCAAUUCACAACUAAUCGAUCCAUUAUCCUAACCAUUUAACCUUCAAUUUUGAAUUCCAGCCAAAAACCCCAAAUUGUAAACCUAAACCCUAACUCUAAAUCCCUAAAAUAUUAAAUCCCUCAAAUUAAAGCCAAUUUUGAAUUUUUUUUUUUGAAAAUUUAUGUGUUUCUUGGUCAUAAUAUCAUAAGUGAUGAUUGAUACCAUUUUGACAUGAGUCACAUGCUCGGAAUGAUGAUUAUGAGGGGAGUGCAUUGAAUGCAUCCAAAAAAGAUGCCACCAUGGUUAUAUAUAUGUGUAGGAACUAGUUUAUUAUGGGUAGUUUAAGAAGUCAAGAUCCAGUUGUUAGGAAAUUUAACUAUCAUCAAUAUUAUGAUAUAUCGUAAAUAAAUAACACUAUAUUGAUUAGAGAAUAUUGAAAGUCCUCAACCUUCUACCUCGUAAUUAAAAAUAUUUUUCAUU